AUUAAUAAAAAAUAAGAAAAGAAAAUAAAAAAUAUUAAAUUUAAAAUGGCUGAAGAAUAGUAAAAUUUAUUAUAAUAAUAAAAUCAAAUCUUAGAUAAAGUUGAAAAAUUUUUUGGUUUCCGUCCAAAUUUAUUUAAAAAAUUUGAUACUUUUCCUCUUGGAGCUGACAUUUUUGGUGCUUUCGCCUCUUAGUUUGUUAAGCGUAGACCAGACCACUAAUUACCAUUAUCUUAGCCUGAAAUUGAAUAUCUAGGAAUGAAAAGUAGUGAAGAAUAUGAGUGUAAUUAUUUAUUUUCUCAUCACAAAGCAUUACUUGAGUAGCUUUUGAAAGACGAUUCUAAUAAGAUUCCAGAAGAAAAGAAAGCAGCUUUAGACUAUUUUGCUCAUAUUAUUGCCAAAGAACCUAAAAAGGCAGGAAAUGAUGCCUUGUUGAAUAAAUUCAAAGAAGCAGGGUUCACUGACGCCUAAUUUAAGCAUGCACUAAUGGUGUCAGGUGUUUUUAGUGUAGCUAGUAGAUGGUGUUUAGCUAAUUCAAUAUGCCUUGAAGAAGAUUUUGACCUCAUCUAUAAUUUAAAAUAAUGA